CUACGUUCUAAGAAACGAGUCUAAUGAUUGAGCGUCACAGUAUAGUCGGUCGUUCAGUUUUGCUGAUUCUAUUAUUUUCCACUGUGAUGUUAAGGAAAUUACUAGUAUAUUGGGCUUGAUCCGGAAAGGUCACAAAAAUAUAUGUAGUUAAAUUUAUUUUCUCAACAUACAUUUACAAAAACAUCGCUCAACAUAAUAGUAACCAGACUGAAAUUUAUUUGCAUUUAGUGGUCUACAGUAAGCUCUUGGUAGAACUUGCGUUUAUAAUGGGUAACAAACUUCUAUAAACCAUAAUUAAGCUGAAGAACAACAAUGGAUAGCAGUUCAAGAGUGCAAUUGGUAUCUGAGGAUUUGAGCGCGUGCCGCGUCUGUUUGGCCACUAACACUAAGCUGUAUAGCAUUCCCGAUGGACUUGAAGACCAUCUUAUUCAGCUGAUGGGUGUGGAGUACUCAGAUGAUGAUGGGUUGCCGCAGCAUCUGUGUCCAUAUUGCCGGGCGCAGGUUCUAAGAUUUGCUGAUCUCCGCGCCCGCUGCCAUCGCUCACAGGCCCUGCUUAGGGAUAUGUUGAAACGCCUGACUUUUCUUUCCACAGAUGACUUACUCUUAAUAGACAGAAAUCAUCACAAACUAGCUCUAAACUUGAUGACACUUAGCGUUUACACAUUCAGCUCACUUGAAAAAAAGACUAACACUAAACCUGAAGAAAUAUGCGAAGACUCAUUUGAUGACAGGGAGGAAUUGCCUGAAACAGAAAUAGAAAUUAAAGAUGAACCUACAGAUCCUUUAAAUAACUUUACAAAUAAUAUUGAAGAGACAAUGAACCUAAAUAACAGUAAUAACCUAGAUACACCUAAACAAUUAGUCGUAGAAAUAGAUGGUUUAAACUUAGGUCAAAUCUCCGUUAAAAACUUAGAAACAGUCAAAGAAACCAAAAAGAAAUCCAAAAAGCAGGACAAAGAAGUGAAAACUAAAAGGAUAUCAAACCUACUCCGUUUUGUCGCCGGGAAAAAGAGAAAUGCGAAGCCGUUGACAAAAUGGCAACUGCAACUGCGAAGAGCGGAGAAUAACUUUUUGCCGAACUUUGAUCACGCUGAGUUUGAGUCGAAGCAUGAUUGUAAGUUGAAGAUACUGACGAUGGAAGAGCAGCUGCAGGAGAUAGAGGAACGGAAGCAGAGCAGUAAUUACUUGAAUUUGGAUUAUAAGUGUGAGCAGUGCGGGCGCGGGUUUGAGUUUGAGCAGCCGUUUAAGAAUCAUAUGGCGAAGCAUGACCCGAACAUCGGUCCGUUCGAGUGCGACGUGUGCCACAUAUACUUCCGCACGCAGUACUUGCGGCACCGCCACCUCGACUACCACAAGAUGAUGUUCCGCUGCAACCUGUGCGGGUUCGUCACCCGCGCCAAACAUUUGGCUCGGAACCACUACCUCAUGCACACCGGGAAGGUGUUCAAAUGCAAGCAAUGUGAUGCUACUUUCACUAAAAGCACCUCUUACUACGGCCACGUGCGCCUCAACCACCCUUCCAAAGACCACGUGUGCGGGAUCUGCGGGGACUCCUUCAUCGGAGCCCUGGGGCUGCGCCACCACCACGCCAAGGCGCACAAAGAGUUGUCGAAGUCGAAGUUAUCCUGCGAGUCGUGCGGGGUGCAGUUCGCGAGCUCCGAGGCUAUGAGCAGACACACGGACGGACGGACACUCUGCGACGCGUCCUUAAAGGCGUGCGCUGCGUGCGGCGCGCUGUUCGCCACGGAGGAGGCGCGCGCGGCGCACGCGCGCACGCAGCAUGAAUUCUGCUGCGAGGAGUGCGACCAGUCCUUCGUGAGCCCGAGCUCGCUGGAGACGCAUCACCAGCGCGUACACCUGCGCAUCAAGUGGCCGGCGUACGGCCGCACCAGGGAGAUGAACAAGGAGUACUACAGGAAGAUAAAAGAGAGGACGCGACUUCGAGCGCAGGUCGUCUGCGAAAUAUGUGGAGCGAAACUCGUGUCUAACGCGGCCCUGGAGAGGCACCAGCUCGGGCAGUGCAAGCGAGAGAGAAGCAGCAAGUCUUACCAGUGCCCCUCCUGCGACAAGCUGUGCGCCACCCGCCAGGGGCUGCAGCUGCACGUGACGCUACACACGGGGGAGAAGCCGCACAAGUGCUCGCAGUGCGCGCAGCAGUUCCGGCAGGCGGGCGCUCUGAAGCGGCACCACGCGACCGUGCACCUGGGCAUCGACACGCGCGUGCAGUGCGCGCAGUGCGGGAAGUACUUCUCCACGCCCUCCUCGCGGACACUGCACGUCAACACCGUGCACCUGCGCCUGCCGCCGCCCAGCAGGAGACGGCAGAAGGAAUGAACGGUUUCCAGAUUAUGACCAAAAUUACUUAAGUGCCAAUAACAUUCACACUUUCCGAUAUCGGGCCCGUAAUCAGUCCUGAUAAUCGUUUCCGUUUCAUGGAAUAUCAGUACAUCGUUAACAAUAUUUGAAGUGUAAAUAAUACACUGUCUCUAAUGUGGUUGGCAACUGUCAAAGGUUUGCAUAGAUGGCGCCAUCAUAGCUUGCCCCUGUCUCUAGUUUUGUUCUAUGAGAUUUGGCUUAAAGUACUGGAAUCCAGGUCACGAAAUUCCAAAAAAAAAAACAAGAAUUUGACACAAUUCUUGUGAUUGACAGGGCAAGCUAUGAUGGCGCCGUCUGUUUAAUACUUCGACCGGCCAACCCCAUUGCCAAAAAUGUUCAAUGUAUGGAAGGUAGAGGCAAGGAACAUAAACUCCAUAUACCAAAAAUUGUCCAACAAAAAACCAUAAAUAGCCAUAAGUGCGCUACAAUACCUAGAAUACUUGUGAAAAAAAUCUAAUCAUAGAUAGCGCACUUCACUCCGUCAAUAUCGCGUAGGUUCUUAGCUACUCUAACGCUACUCUGGAGAGAUUUGGAACUAUUAUUUAUAGCUGACAGCUGGAUAUUUUUGCAACAAUUCUGCCUAAGGAGAUUUUGUUUCUUGCUUCUACCUUCCAUAGUUCAAUGUUUGAUAUUUUUGCAUAUCGUUGGCUAAGAGUGUAAACCUGCCAAAUCCAUUUUUGAAAAUAGAGAAAUUUGUACCUAUUUUUAUAGACAUUAAAGUUAAAAAUAAAUAAAUUUCAAAAAUGGAUUUAGCGGUUUUACACUCUUAACCGACGAUACGAACCAUUUUUUUACAUUUCAAAUAUUGUAAACGAUGUGCUGAUAUUUGCUGAACGGAAAACAUUCUUCCUCGGGCCCGAAAUAUAAUCCAGACCAGCUAGCAUGACUUGCGUUGUCGCGCGCGACUCCAUAAGUCCAUACUUGAAGAGUGGGUUGUAUGGAGUCGAGCGCAACGCAAGUCAUGCUAGCGGGUCUGAUGCUAAUAUUGAAAACAUAUAAAUUAGACAUAAAUUUCCUUAUCAUGUUUUAAAUUAAUAAAUUAUUUAUAACAACUAUGA